CCCGGCUCCGUCCCAUGCUCCGUCGGCGGCGGGCGGCCCUUUCCUUCCCCUCCCCCUUCAUGCGGGGCCCGGGCCGGGGCUGCGCCGGAGACUCCCCCGCCCGAUAUGGCCAGGAAAACAGUUAGCAGGAAGCGGAGAGCGGCUGCCCCCGCCGCGGGGCCCGGCGGAGAGCAGUACGGCUGGGAUCACUCAGUUCACAAAAGGAAGCGGCUCCCCCCCGUUAAAAGGUCACUGGUGUGCUACCUGAAAGGAAGAGAAGUGAGGCUGCAGAACGAGUCCAGCUACCACCGAUUGUUGCAUGGCUAUGCAGCCCAACAGCUGCCGAGUCUCCUGAAGGAAAGAGAAUUUCAGCUUGGGACCCUUAAUAAAGUGUUUGCUUCUCAGUGGCUGAAUCACCAGCAAGUGGUGUGUGGGACAAAAUGUAACACAUUGUUCGUGGUUGAUGUCCAGACUGGUCAGAUCACCAAGAUUCCCAUUCUGAAGGACCGGGAACCUGACAUGGUAAACCAGCAGGGAUGUGGGAUUCAUGCCAUUGAGCUGAACCCUUCAAGGACCCUCCUGGCUACUGGAGGAGAUAAUCCAAACAGCCUUGCGAUUUAUCGUCUGCCUACGCUUGAUCCUGUCUGUGUGGGAGAUGAUGGCCAUAAAGAUUGGAUAUUUUCAAUUGCAUGGAUCAGUGACACGAUGGCUGUUUCUGGUUCCCGAGAUGGUUCAAUGGGGCUCUGGGAAGUGACCGAUGAAGUCCUAGCCAAGAGCGAUGCAAGGCGCAACUUGUCUCGAGUUCCUGUCUAUGCUCACAUAACACACAGGGCUCUGAAGGACAUCCCCAAAGAGAACACCAAUCCAGACAACUGCAAGGUCCGGGCUCUUGCCUUCAACAACAAGAAUAAGGAGCUGGGAGCAGUGUCUUUGGAUGGGUAUUUCCACCUUUGGAAAGCAGAAUACACACUGUCAAAGCUGUUGUCAACGAAGUUACCAUACUGCCGGGAGAACGUUUGUCUGGCCUACGGUCAGGAAUGGUGUGUGUAUGCAGUGGGAUCUCAGGCACAUGUCUCUUUUCUGGAUCCAAGGCAGCCUUCCCAUAACGUUAAGUCCGUCUGUUCCAGGGAGCGAGGCAGCGGUAUUCGCUCGGUGAGCUUCUAUGAACACAUUAUCACAGUGGGUACAGGCCAGGGUUCCUUGCUGUUCUAUGACAUUCGAGCCCAGAGGUUCCUCGAUGAGAAGCCACCACACAGUUGCUGCGCAUCGAAAUUAGGAGGAAGUGAAAUUCUCAAGUUGUCCACUGGCAAGGGUUGGCUGAAUCAUGAUGAAACCUGGCGGAAUUACUUUUCAGACAUCAGCUUCUUCCCAAACGCUGUUUACACCCACUGCUACGACUCGUCUGGCACGAAACUCUUUGUGGCAGGAGGUCCCCUUCCAUCUGGACUCCAUGGGAAUUAUGCUGGCCUCUGGAGCUAAUAACUCUCUUUCAAAACAAGCCUCUCUAGUGCGAUUUUUUUCCCCUCACCCACAUUUUCCUUCGUGUUUUUUUUUUAAAGCAAACAAAGGAAUUGUGUGAUGACAUUGUUCUCUUCUUGUUUUGAUGCAACUUGGGGCUAACUUUUUUGGGGGGGGAGGGGAGCAGUAUCCUCUACUGGUCUCCCAGCAGUUUUUGUACAUUUUUGAAUUUUAUUUUAUUUUAAUUUGGUUUAAUCUCCUUUGAUCUUUAUACAGUGGGUUUUUAACCCCCCUCCUUUUUAUUGCAUUCCCUACAAAUGACUGAGUCUUUGCCCUGAGCUUAGGCUAACCAAUCAUUCAUGUCCCCUUACUUCACUGUGAGGUAGGAAUCCUCCACUAGAUCGGCUGCUGCCGAGCUUUCUGUGAAAGCCCAGGGGCUGUGUGUGCGUGUGUGUGUGUAUGUACGUACAGGUACUUUUGUCAGUCACAUUACCUGGAAUAAAUAAAACUACUUGUAAUUAAAAGGGGGAAAAAAUUAAAAAAGUAUUUAUAUAAUGA